AUGGAAGCUAGACUAGAAGCAGCAUCUCUAGCUGGAGACUUGGGUGCAUUCCUCCAGCUUCUUCAGGAGGAUAGCCUUCUUCUGGACAGACUGAGCACUACUCAUCAUACAUCAAACAAUCCCCUCCACAGGGCUGCCCUACUCGGCCAUGCUGAUUUUGCUAGUGAAAUCCUCAGUCGAAAGCCAGAACUUGCUCAGGACCUAAACGAGCAAGGUUUCUCUCCCUUGCACUUGGCUUCAGCCAACAGCCAUCUCUUAGUGGUGAAAGAAUUGCUGAAGGUGGGCUCAGAUCUCUGCCUAAUCCAGGACAAAGAUGGGUUCAUGCCAAUCCACACCGCGGUGAUCAAAGGGAAGAUGGUCGAGUUCUUGGUGGACAAGCUGGGUGGUGAUGAGGAGAUACUUAACUCCAAGGAUGAGAAAGGAAACACCAUUCUGCACCUCGCCGUUGCUAGGAAACAACUUCAGAUGGUGAAGUUCUUGGUUAGCAAGCCAGCGAUCCAAGUGAACUCUUUCAACCUGAAGGGGUUCACUCCACUUGACGUGUUGUUAGAGUCGCCAAGCGAGCAUGGAGAUCUGGUUCUAGGAGAGAUGAUUCGAGCUGCAGGUGGGAAGAAAGCAGAAGAGGAAUCUCCAUCAGAAGCACCAAGUCAUCCUACUCAGAGAGCCAUUAACCCUGUUAGGACAUCACCAAUGAGAUCAAAUUGGAAAGGCCACCUUCAAUAUUUCUUCCAUCUAGGACACAAGGCCAAGACAUCACGUCGGGCUCUACAAGCAAAACAAGAGAAUGAAAACACUCCAGGUACAUUGAUGGUGGUGGCGACACUAAUAGCAACUGUUACAUUUCAAGCAGGAAUGAACCCUCCUGGAGGAUUCGUGCAGGAUGGCACCAAUGCUGGGCUAGCAGUUCUAGGUGGUCAACUUUUUGGCUUCUUGAUAUUUGACAUGGUGGGAUUAUUUGCAUCACUAAGCAUCAUUCUACUAUUGAUCUGUGUGGUCCCAAGGACGAAGUGGAUACUGACGAACUUCUUGAAGUUGGUGUGGGAUCUUCGGAAUCGCGAUGAAUUGGUUAUUGAUUCGAUUCAGCUUCUAUUUACUAAGGAAAUUGGGAUGCUUGAGAAAAAGAAGAAUGGAUGGAGCAAAUAUUACACCGAUGGGAGUUGGCGCAGCUAUCAAAAGAAUAGUCAUUGUCGUCGGUGUCCUUGUAGUUGUAGGUUUUAUUGA